CACCUUUUUUCUUGCCUAGACUUCCGGUGUAGGCCGAGUGGUGGGCCUCUGCUUCCCCCGCCCCUCCUGCCUGAGUGUUCGGUUGCCAUGGCAGCGUCCUAUCGGGGCUCCAGCCAGAGCGGGCCUAGCGCGGCUUGGACGCCGGACGGAGGCGGGGUGGCGCGGACUCUGGAGGCGGACUUCGAGGAGGAGGAGGAGGAGGGGGGCGAGGGAGGGGGUGCGGGAGGCGUGCUGGGCGGCCUUGGGCGAAGCUACGAGGCCUCCCCCGCGAAUUCUCCUCGGGCGGGCCUGCUCGGGGUGUCGCUCCCCGGGCGCCGGUGGCCCAGCAGGAUCUGCGCUGUGUUCUGCUGCCUCCUGGCCGUGACCUUCCUGGCCUUCUUGCUCGCCCUCGGCUGCCUGGUGCUGAGAGAUUUGAGAUAUGAAAAAGCAAGGGCUGAAGAUACUGUAGAAACAAGUAUUUUAGGAUUUUGGACUCUUCUUGUUCUGUCAUUAAUGGCUGGGCUGUCGUGCUGCAGUUUUUCCUGGACAGUGACAUACUUUGAUUCCUUUGAACCAGGAAUGUUUCCUCCUACCCCACUCUCUCCUGCACGAUUCAAGCGAAUGACUGGACACUCUUUUCACAUGGGCUACAGUAUGGCCAUACUUAAUGGAAUAGUGGCAGCUCUCACUGUCGUGUGGUGUCUUUUUUAGUGUGUAUACAGAUGUAUUAUUCACCGUGUCUCAGCUUUAUAGAAAAUGCACUGUUUCCUACAAGUAUCUCCAUUGUCAUUUACUUUCUCCACAUGCAUGCAUUUUUUUCUAGAAACCAGCUUGAGUUUGAGAGAGAUUGCUAUGUACAGCAAUUAAUUGACUUUCUGACAAAUGUCUAACUGUUUGGCAUGACAGCCACAGGUGAGGGUGGUUUCAAACUGACUCUGCUUGGUAACUAUUGUGAAGGGAAGGAAACUUCUCUGGAUCAGUGAUGUUAAAAUGCUUGUUUUGUGUUGGUUCAUUCUACUGAACUUGUUAGAUGACCUUUUAUGCCUUCUUUUGAAUCUUAUUUUGACAUGCUGCAUAUUUAAGUACAAGCCUUGGACUUUGAUUUUCCACAAGGAGCAAAAAGGUAUUGUGGAAACAUUUCUUUUCCAUGACAGAUCAGGGAUUGAAAUAAUUUUUAAAUUUCUAAAAUGUUAAUGUUACUGGACAUUUCUGCUCUAUAGAUGCCAACGGUAAUCAAGAUUUGCACAUCAAAUGUUAACAGAUUUAAAGUAUUUUAUAUUUUUAAUGAUUUAAAAUUAUGUUUCCUGUACAUAUGUAAGAAAUACAACACAAUUACUACAGCUUUCUUCACCUGGUGCCUUUUGGAGAUUUUAGUCUCUCACUAGCCCCAUCAAGAAUGGCAAGUGGUCAGGAACAGUUGUACUCUGAAAUAUCUAGAGGGUUGUGUGAAAAAAAAGGCUGUAAAUACAGAUUUAUUGUGAUCUUCAUUCUAUUCUAUGAUGGAGGAAAACUUAUCUUUUAUAGAAGGUGUAAAAUCUUCAGAGAGACUUGAAAUGCAGAAAGGAGGCAUACAACAUACACAAUUUUCUUCUCCUCACUGUUGCUUUUGUCUUCUAGAAAUGCAGCCUGGCAAUAUUUUGUUCAAAAAUAAUAAUAAUAAUAAAACAGCUGUAGAAAAAGAAGGCAAAAGUAGCCUGAGAACAGAACUCUGUAGGGGGAACAUUCCCACCAACAGAAGCAGAAAAUUAGCAUAACUUCAAUUGUAAGGCCACAGUAAUAAGCCUGUAUUAAGGCAAGUGUGAAUGAAUGUAGCUUUACUUUCAGAUGGUUAAGCAGUUUGAUAAUUGCAUUUUGCAACAAACAUUCUUCAGUUUUUAAAACGUAUUUUUUCAUUGAGGUCACACAUUUGUUUUCCUUAAGACUUUUAUUAAAGUACAUGCCUGAAAUAAUUAUAUCCAUGUGAAGAUCAUGAUUUUGGUGUUCAGAAAGAUCCAUCUUAAAUUUACAUUGCUUUCUCUAUGGUUAUUAUUCCAAUAAUCCCAAUAAGGACAUUUUUGAAUAAUGUAAUUUGUUGUCUUCAAAUAGCCAAGAUAUAGUAAUACUCUGAACUAGAGAAGAUCUGAAUUAAUAGGAUCUACAUAAGUGUUGGCUUAUUAUUUAACAUUUUAUUCAAGGAAUCAGAUCUAGUUGGAACUACUAAUUAAAUAUAGGCCUAUAUGAUUUCUUUUAUAUAUGUUCUAAGGCUUAAUGGAUGCAAUAAUAUACUAGGAAUUUGCAUUGACCUACACAAACUUAGGCUUAAUGAGCCUCUUCCUUCAUCUGGCACAGCUGCAAGAGGUCUUGUUUUCAAUUUAAUAUUGCUUAUGACAUCUGAGGACAAACUUGGUUAACAUUAAGUUCGGUUUAAGAAACCGACACAAUUUCAGUUUAUGUUGCUAAAUCAGGCAUGGGCAAAUUUCGGCUCUCCUACAUUUCCUAACAGCCGGUAAGCUGGCUGGGAUUUCUGGGAGGAAGUCCAAAACACCCGGAGGACUGAAGUUUGCUCAUGCCUGUGCUAAGGCAUGGUAAAAGUUAACCAUACUUUCACAUUUAGUCAUAUUAUAGCAAUAAUUGAAAAGGGGAAAUGAAAUCUUCCACUCUACAUCUCACGGACACACCAAAGGAACAGAAGGGAAAGAAAGAGCACAGAUCUUGUGUCUAAACCAAAUGUGCUUGCUCUGUUUAUUCAGCACUUUGAAAGAGUAGGCUGUGUUUUAAGAGCCACUUUGAACAGUAUGCUGUAUAUACUAUUAAAAUAAGUGCCAAGAUAGCUUAUUAAAACAUUGUAAUUAAAAAUAAGUUGUCAUUCUGACCUGAACCAACAACUGAUCCAUGUAACAUAUUCACUUGUAUAUUGUAUGUUUAGCUUGUUUUGUCUGCAUAGUAUUUUCCUACAUUCCAAAAAUGCAAUAAUUUUUAUGGCAAUAAAAUAUUUUGGUCAUA